AUGAUGAGGAUGCUUUCCUCUUUCUCCUUCAUUUAUUCACUUUCUCUUUCUUUUAAUUAUUUUUCUUCUUCUUUCUCUCUUUUCCUACCUUUAUUUCCCUUUUUCUUCAUUUACAGUAUAUUUCAUAUUAUUCAGUUCCCUUCUUUCUUAUUUUCUAUUUUGCUCCUAAUAUUUUCCUCUUCUUCAAUUUUUCCUUCAAAAUUUUCUUCUUCAUCUCUUCUGAUUUAUUCUCUUCUUUCUUCUUUGUCAUUUUAUUCUCUCCAUUUCUACUUUUACUUUCUCUUUCAUCCCUAUUCUAUCAUGUUAUCCUGUCAACUUUUACUUUCUCUUUCAUUGUUAUCCUAUCAUAUUAUCCUAUCUACUUAUACUUUCUCUUUCAUCCUUAUUUUAUCUGUUUUUGCUUUUCUUUUCUCUUUUCAAUUAAUAAGUGUGUGUCUUUUUCCAUUCUUUCUUACUCUAUCAUGUCAUACAGUCUACUUUUACUUUCUCUGUCAUCACUAUUCUUUCAUGUUAACCUUUAUUUUCUUUUUCAUUGUCAUCAUAUCAUAUUAUACUAUCUACUUAUACUUUCUCUUUCAUCCUCAUUCUAACAUAUUAUCUCAUCUACUUUUACUUUCUCUUUCAUUCUUGUCCUAUCAUAUUAUCACAUCUACUUUUACUUUCUCUUUCAUCCUUAUUUUUUCAUUAUUAUCCCUGUCUAUUUUCACUUCCUCUUUCAUCCUUAUUCUAUCAUAG